AUGUUGUCUGGACUGGCGUUCACGGACGAGCGCGAGACGAGGAAGGAGAGGAAACGUGACGACCGGAAAUCGCGCAAGAAGGAGAGCAAGUCCAAGAAGCAAAGACGCGCCGAACGGGACGCGAGCGAAGAAGAUGCCACCGAAAGGCGGCGAAGAGAUUCGACGAGCGCAUCGGCGAGCGAAGAGCGCACACGGGUACACGAAGGCGCACGAGAGCGGCCGAUAUCGCCACAACAGGCGACGGACGCGGACGCGCCAGCCGAGCAGUCGGACUUCUUCUCUGCAGCGCUCGCGUCCAAGGCGAGGUCGCGAGCUGAUGAAGGCAAAGAGGCCGAGCGGCGCAAGGAGGAGGAAAGAGCGGCGAAGAUUGUCGCGUCGCGCGAACUGAAUCCACAAAUGCGCGGAGAUGGUGGCGAUGCUCCCGUCGCAUCCACGGCGCCUAUGAGCGUAGUGGGCGAUGGAGGUGCGAGCUGGCGACUCAAAGCGCUCCGUCGAGCGCAAGAGCGCGCCGCGGCGGAAGGUAGAAACGUCAACGAGGUCGUAAGCGAACAUUGGGGUUCGGUGAAUGAGCUUGUUUGUAGUAUUGGUGAUAGUGCAGCACACGGCAAGGCGCAUUUACACGCCCGCCGAGGUAGGGCUGGAGGAAGGCAGCGCGGCGGCGGUGAAGACGGCGCUCGCAUGCAG